CCUGAUACACGAGUUACUGUUCACGUUUCUUCCAACAUUUGCGGUUCGUCCAAGCUCUACUGCAAGUGUGACUUCUCGAAAAUGCAGCCACCACAUCAAUUUGUCUUACUCUUACUCUACUCUAUGUUGGCUUUAGUUGGUUUUGUAACUGCACAAGACCUACGAAAUGUCUUGGAACCCAAGAAUCCUCAGACCUGUGCCUCGCUGACAGCAAGUGGUUCAGAAGACACCAGAACCAUACAGAAGGCUCUCGACUCCUGCGCCAAGGGAAAAGCGGUCGCAUUGUCGUCUGGUGUAUUUCAUUCCGGUCCACUUGUGGUUCCCUCAGGUGUCAGUCUCUUGGUGGACGCUGGAGUGACCUUGAAGGCUCUCACGGACCCUGCGCUGUACGACCUUGGCUCGAACAAGUGUGGCACUCUGGACGAGUACGGUCUCGGCUGCACGGCCUUCAUCACGAUAGCCAAGGCCAGCGGCAGUGGGAUCUACGGCAAAGGCACAAUCGAUGGACAAGGAGACGUGGUCAUGACGGGGAAAAACCAAACCUGGUGGGAGCUUUCUCAAGAAGCGCUUUUACUGGGUGUGUUCCAGAACAACCCCAGGCUCAUACAGAUAAACGACUCCACGGAUAUCACGCUGUACGAAGUCACGCUGAAGAACUCCCCACGUUUCACGGUGUACAUCACCAACACGAACGGCCUGACGGCGUGGGGGCUCACCAUCCUGGCGCCGGCGAGCGCGCGGAACACAGACGGCAUUGACCCCGUCGGCUCGCAGAACGUCACCAUCGCCCACUGCCACGUCAGCAUCGGCGACGACAACGUGGGCAUCUCGGCCGUGACCGCGCCGGCCAGACACAUCUCCGUGGUCCACAACCACUUCGACCACGGGAACGGACUGUCCAUCGGCAGCGGCACCGACCACGGGGUCAGCGACGUGUUCGUGUCCGGGGUGACCUUCAACGGCUCCAAGAACGGGGUGCACAUCAAGACCAACACGUACCGAGGGGGGGCGGUGACCCGGGUCUCCUACGAGAACCUCUGCGUCUGCGGCGGCGUGAAGAACCCCAUUUUCAUGGAAAUGGUGUACAGGCACCAAAAUGGCACCCGGGUUCCGAAGGUCAACGACAUCAGCAUCGACAACAUGUGGGUGCUGACUCAGGGGGAGUACAAGUUUAUUGGGCUGAGUCAGUCCAAUCAAGUUACGGUCAAACUGAAUGAUAUUCAUGUCACCAAAGGUUCACAAUGGAUAACGAGGUUUGCUAACAUUAGUGGUACAGUAUUAGACGAUGCGAGCAAAGAGAAAUAUUGUGGAUACACUGGCAAUAUUUAGUCAAUACUUAUAACUCACAGUGUUUCUAGUCUUUGGGUGAUUUCAGCAAUAUAAUUUUAUAGAACUAAAUGUUUCUUUAAUUUAUCUGCACGAUCUUUUUGGAUGUAGAAUUGUAGGAUUAUUGUAUUAAUGGUUGUCAUCUCCUGAACAUAGUUUCCUUUCCAGUGGAAAUGCAGGUUACUAUCCUAAAUGCCAGUGAAAGUUUAUCUGUGCUCGCCUACAUAAAAUGAUAGUCAUUAACAUUUAAAAUUACAAUGAUGUAUGUAUUGACAGUGGUAGACGCUGGGUGUAAUUUAAACUGAUGUCAUUAUAAAAAUGAAUUGCAACUAAAAACAUAUAUUUAUUAUUGUAUGAGCCUUAAUUCUACUGUGUGAAAGUAACAUAUUAGACUAAUAUAUACAUAGGCAUUUAUUUGUUAUAUCGCAGAAAUCUUCAGAUUUGUGACAUACUUACAAUUUGGUUAAACAAAAAAAUAAAGUAUUUUUUAUUGCUCAGAAUUGAAUGAAAGAAGAGAGUUGAUUUUUAAAUAGUUAAAAAUACUAUUUUUUUUUUUGGUUACUUACAACCAAAUAUAUUUGUGUACAAUUCGAUGUAAUAAAUGAUUGAUUAUUUGUGAUGUUGAUAAAGAAACUUAAUAAAAUGCAGUUUCCCACUAAACAAAUAAAAUUAAUAUUCCGAAAAAUCGGAUGAUAAUGUAAAUGAAACAAUGUGUGUUUCCAAAUAACAUUUCAGAUACAAUAAUGGUUUGUGUGUUUGUACAAGAAAAUAAACAUUUUGUGGUGUAACAUAUAAACUGCUGAAUCAUGAAAAUCAAGAAUUUGUUUAUCUUCCUGUGACAUUAUUAUCUAGUGUAUAAAAAGAAAAUAUUAAAUAUCCAUAUACAAAUUAAACAUAUAUAAAGUGUAGAUACUUGUCGCAACUGUUCGAUCAACUCUGAACUAAUGAAUCGGAGAAUUUGCAAUGAAAAUAUCUACUUCGACUUUAAGAAUAUCAAGAUACACUCGAUUUAUUUUACGCUGCAACAAAUAAAUUAAGCCAUUCUGUUCUCAAAAUCGUGCGUUACAAGUACUUUGUACAUCCCAUCGUUAUUUAUUUAUAUUAGAGUUAGUUAAGCUGGCAAACCAUGUAAUAUUACAGACUCAUGAUUGAGUGGGGAUGUUAUACAAUCUACAGCAAUAAAUGAUUCAGUUAAAAUAAGAAA